UCAGCCAACAAGUUGCCACGUGGAUCUCAUUCAUUAGGCUUUCUAGUCAAAGUCGAAGCGGCGGACCCUAGUCAAAAUCUCGGUUGUGUCUUUGUUUAUUUUACUUGGCGGACCGGAAAACGGUUUUAUUUCCCACCGUUGAGCCCAAACGACUUGAAAGUUCAAAGAAGAAAGUCCAAAACGGCAGAGACCCAACGUUUUCUCUCCAAAAACGUUAUCUUCAAAUUCUCUAUACGACUCGUCUAUUCGCCAGUAAGUUUCAGUCUCCGACAUUACCUGAACCAGUUUUUCUUCUUAAUUUUUGCUUAUAACAUUCUUUAUGGUUAAGUUUCUUCUUUUUUUUUUUGAAAAUUUUGAAGUUAGAAAAUGCUUUUUUCUUUUUCUCAAUUUUCGCUUUUUCUUUUCGUCUUUUGAGUGUUAGUGCAAUGCGUUUGGAUCUGUAUCGAUUUUUUUUUUUGGGUUUUUUGUUUGGUGUAAUUUUUGUUUUAGUUUCGUUUCCGGGAAAAUCUGAGGUAAUUAGAAGCUGAUGGAAGAUUUAAAUCUUGUUUUCUUUCUUUUUUUUUUUUGGAAAUUUUGGAGUUUGAAGCUUAUGUGAAUUAAGGGAAGGUGGUAAUCAAGCUAGUUCCAGUAGGAAAAAGAUCAUGCCGUUGAAUCCGAGUUUAAUUGACAAUAAAUCCGGAUUUUAUUUCUAUUUAAUUUUUAUUUCUUUUCCUUCGAUUUCUCGCCAACCAAUCAUAGCUGUAAUGACUGUUAAUUUCAACUGUUCUCUUUUUAUUUAUUUAUUUAUUUAUUUAUUUUGCCUGCCAAAGCGAAUUCUUUAGUCAGAUAUGGCAAUGACAUUUCCUGUAAUAUAAAGAACUUUUUUUAUUGAAUAGGUAAAUUUUAUUAUGGCUUUAGUGCAAAAUGAGAACAAAAUCAAGUUUAUAAUUUCAAUUAAAAAAAGAUAAUUUACUGAUAUUCUGGGGCAGACAUCAAAAUUUUGAAUCUUGUUUCAAUAUUGCAACCAAAAAAAAAAUUUGUUGUUUGAACUAGAUUUUUUUAUUAAUGGCUUGCUUAAUCUAAGAAGGAUCAGCUGUUUGUUUUAAUGUUGUGGUCCCCACCCACCAUAGCAUUGGCCAUCCAAAUUGUUUUCUCUUAAGCUUUAAGUUCUUCCUGUUUGCUACAGGUGUCUUCUGGUUUCAUUUAGUCAUAUUACGGAAUUUUAUAUGGCUAAGUUUCUUGUUUGUUUCAGUCAACAAAAAUAUAAUAUGACCAUUGAAAGAGUAAUUUUAACUACUCCCUCCAAAUUGAGCAAUUGGGUUGGCACAGCUUGAUGCAUUUGACUUAUACAUUUUUGUCAUCUGUGGCAACUGUUGCGAAUUGAUUAUUGUGUGCUUCGGAGAUGUUCUUUUAGUGUUUUGUAAAUCUUAAUGAUGAUACUGAUGAGAUGUAUGACACUUGUCUUUGGAUGAACUUGGUAUAGCGUAUCAAUGUUGAAUAGGGUAGUGGCAAACAGCAAAAGUGGAUGUCCAGGUUUGCGGUUUCAUUUGUUUUAUUUUCUUGUAUCGGUGUACUUGUUUUGUAGCACUGUUUCUAUGUUUGUUUGUAUUAUGGACACAUUACUUAUACCUUGUGGCAAAUUUUGAUAACUUUUAUAAUGGACUAAUUGGUUUCAAAUUCUGUCACAGCGUGACAGUCUUAUGCCAGAUUCAUGACAAAGAAUAUUUCAGGAAAUUGCUACAUGGUUACAGAAAUAUUUCAGGAAAUUGCUAAAUGGUUACAGAACACUUGAGUUUUUGUACAACAAGCCAGAAGGGCGUGCUUGCAAAUUUUGGUAGUUGGCUCAGCUGGACAGCUGGUUGAGAAUGAAAGCUGAAACACUCCAUCUGAAGAGAUUAAAAUUUCAUGCUCAAUUUAAAUAAUGAUUACCAGUUGCUGGCAUAUGGGUUCUUUAAAUUUGAUCAUUAUGAGAAUAAGUUUCUGAACUUUUUAAUGCAACUGUGUAAUCAGCAGAAUGAAGAGAUGGUAUGGUGGUGCUCUUGUUGCAUCCUUGUUUAUGUUGCUGGUCCUGAGAUACGGUAUCAUGAAAACUGCUGUUGAAGAAAGUUACUUGACAAAUCCCUUCUCCUUCAAUGGAACCAAUCCACUUGAUUGGGUGCAUUUUACAGGUCCACCUGCAGUCCAAAAUCCUGAAAAUGCUUCUCAAGUAAUCUCCAUUGAUACCAUAACCUUCAGUCUCUUUGCUCAAAGGAACCUCUCCAAGGGAGAUCAACAAUCUUUGCUGACCUGGAAUUUGUUGAAGUACUUAAUUAACCAUUCUCAAGCUUUACCAAAUGGAGUAGAUGCUAUCAAGGAAGCUGGAAGGGCAUGGAGUAGCCUGAUGGCUUCAAUUGAAAAGGAAAAACUUGUUUAUGCCAAUUGUAAUUCAUCUAGGAAAGCAAAAGAGAAGCAGUGUCCCCAUUUUCUUAAUAAAAUGAAUGCUACAGAACCUGACAAGAGUCAUUAUAAUCUGCAAUUUCCUUGUGGCCUCACUCAAGGCUCUUCGAUUACAAUCAUUGGCAUUCCAAAUGGUCUUCUUGGUAAUUUUCGCAUUGACUUAACAGGGGAAGCACUACCAGGGGAGCCUGAUCCACCAAUAGUUUUGCAUUACAAUGUUAGGCUCCAUGGGGAUAAGAUAACUGAGGAUCCUGUAAUUGUCCAAAACACCUGGACUAUAGCACAUGAUUGGGGUGAAGAAGAGCGUUGUCCGCCCCCAACAACUGACAAGAAUGUAAAAGUGGAUGAGUUGGACCAGUGUAAUAAAUUGGUUGGUAGAGAUAAUAACCGGACGGUUAGGAUGUAUUCCCAUGGUUCAAGGAGGUCUUCAAUGGGGCUACAAGGAGUUAAAUCCAAAAGAUAUUUUCCUUUUAAGCAAGGUUCUCUUUUCGUUGCAACUCUUAGUGUAGGAUCAGAGGGAAUACAGAUGACAGUUGAUGGAAAGCACGUAACAUCCUUUGCUUACCGAGAAACAUUGGAGCCAUGGCUUGUUAGUGAGGUUAGGAUUUCUGGAGAUGUGGAAUUAAUUUCUAUCCUGGCUAGUGGUUUACCAACUUCAGAGGAUUCAGACCAUACAGUUGAUUUAGAAUCACUUAAAUCAGUUCCUGUCUCUAGACAAAGACCAGUGGAUCUCUUUAUUGGUGUUUUCUCUACAGCCAAUAAUUUUAAACGGAGAAUGGCUGUGAGAAAAACAUGGAUGCAGUAUCCUGAAGCUCGGUCUGGGACAAUUGCAGUGCGCUUUUUUGUUGGUUUGCAUAAAAUCCAAAUAGUGAAUCAGGAACUCUGGAAUGAGGCAGUGACAUACGGAGACAUACAGCUGAUGCCUUUUGUUGAUUACUACAGCCUGAUCACCUGGAAAACUUUAGCUAUUUGCACCUUUGGGACAGAAGUUGUUUCUGCAAAGUUUGUCAUGAAGACAGAUGAUGAUGCAUUUGUCUGCAUUGAUGAAGUAAUGGCUUCAUUAAUCAGGAUAAAUGUGACCCAUGGAUUGCUUUAUGGACUCAUUAACUCAGAUUCCCAACCUCAUCGCAACACAGACAGCAAGUGGUUUAUCAGCCUUGAGGAAUGGUCUGAAGAGAAGUACCCGCCUUGGGCACAUGGUCCUGGUUAUGUGGUGUCCCACGACAUAGCUACCGCUGUUUACAAGAGGUUCAAUGAGGGGCGCUUAAAGAUGUUUAAGCUAGAAGAUGUGGCAAUGGGUAUUUGGAUUGUAGAUAUGAAGAAAGAAGGUUUAGAAGUCCGGUAUGAGAAGGAAGAGAGGAUCUUUAAUGAGGGUUGCAAGGAUGGAUAUGUUAUUGCCCACUAUCAAGGUCCAAGAGAGAUGAUGUGUUUGUGGCAGAAGCUCCAGGAGACAAAAAGAGCUAGAUGCUGUGGUGAUCCAUAAGCAUAGGCUGACACUUGAGGAAUACAAUGGUUUUUAGGUGCUUUAACAAUCAAUAUCCACAGUUGCGUUUCAUCACCAGCACUUUUCCAGCGCUAACUUUAACUUGACAAGGAAUCGAUGCGGGAAAAAAUUGGUCCAUGCUGAUAUUAUUGAUAUGGAUUAAGAAAAUUCAGACCGAGGAAGUAUAUUUUGGUCUACCUCUUUUCCUUUCAUUUUUUUGAACUUUUUUUACCAUAGGUGGAUGGGGUUAGUGAUUAUUGUUGUACAAUUAGCAUUAUUUUUGUAGAGCAUACAUGUAAUCAGCAUUUUACUUGGGUAAAAUGAAAUUCUUAGCAGAAAUGGUAGAUUGAUGAUGCCUUGUAUAGAGAAGCCAUAGCUGUAGGAAAUUACAGGUUUUACCCUAGUCCGAUCUGAUGUGCACUGUUCUAUGUAUUAUUAUUGUAUUUGUUUCAUGGUGCUUAUAGCCGCAGUGUACUUUG